GUGAGUCAAUGUUUCUAUUCGUUCAAUCUCUAGCUAGUACUUAGCUGCUAGUGCAAGCUUGCGAUGCCGGAUAGAUCUCACUUUUCGCUGGACAAUGUGGCAGUGCUCUAGCAAUCGACGUGCCUUGUAUCCUUAUCAAGAAGUCCAAAUUUGGUUUGGUUCAACUUGUUCUUUGACCAAGUUCAUCUUCAAUUCUUCAGAAAGGCCUUGUCGAUUUCAACGAUGGUCACCUAUUCUGCUUUCUUUUCUUCUGGCCUUCUCGCGCCUUACCAUCCAAGAGCAACAACUCCUGCACCACCUUCCUCGCCGAUGCCGAUGCAAUCCAGUCCUAUGCACCCUGUCGAUCGCGAUCUGAGCGUGACACCCACACCCGGUGGCAACUCGAAUAAUGUUGUUGCAGUACCCACUGCGAAUGCUGACCGUCCUCGCAUGCGCAGGCGUCGCAGUAGCAUGAAUAUUGGUGUGAACCCGAUGGCUCUUAUUAAGUCACCGACGCGGAAUGCGGGUAGCGCGUUUCAACGCGCCGGCGUCAUGUCUCCCACCCGGAGUCGUGCAGGCAGCAUCGCAGAGAACGCUUCAGAAACUAACAGUCUUUUUGGAAGACUAAGAAGUGGCAGUCUGAACGCAGUCGCUCCACUACGCCUGCGUCGUGCCGUCAAGCGAACUAUCCCACUCGCUCCGCCCCCCACUGCCCCCUCUCCCUGCACUCCCACCGCCAUCUCCAUCUGCGAAAUACACGCGUACUCUCGCGCCUCCUGCGCUCGUUAUACCUAUUCCUCGCCAGCCCCUCAUGAAUUAUUUUGUGUCCAGUCCUAACACUUCUGGACUACUCAGUCCUGAUUCUGUGAUGCAGUUCUCAUCCAAUAUGUCGCCUGGUAUCUCCUCCAGCCCGGCUCACAAGUGUUAUUUUGGAAGCACUAUCGAUGAAGAGAUGAAAGGAAAACUGAACGCGCUUCGAUCAGCGCUGCUUGUUUGGACACUGCGCCUGGUUGCGUACUUACUCUCGUGCAUCAAUAUCCCCGUUAGCUAUUUACUGUUCUAUAUUAAUUCCCUGCUGCAUUUGUUACCAAUGUCCCACUCAUAGCCAUCCAGUGUUACACCGUAUCUCUAUGUCCUUCAGUCUCUGCAUCUUUCAAGCUUUCUCGUUACUACUUUUGCUCUUUAGAAAUGGUUUUGCUCGUUCUCGACAUUCCGUCCAUGUUUUGUAUGCUGCUCUAGUAUCUAUGCCAUUUUUCUGAGCAUUUGAC